UUCCCCCUCGCAGCCGUGGAUCCCCCUGGCCCAAGCGUGUCCCCGGUGGGACCGGCUGCCCGCAUGCAGAGGAGGAUGGGUGAGGCGGUGGCCCGGGUGGCCAGGAAGGUGAACGAGACAGUGGAGAACAAAGCAGAUUCCCUGGAUCUGGCCAACUGCAAGCUGAUGACCUUCCCUGUUGGCAUCUACAAAGCCAUGCGGAGCGUCACCGAGGGCAUCCACCGCAUCUCCCUGGCAAACAACGAGCUGAAGUCUAUCACUAGCAGAUUCAUCGCCACCUUCAGCCAGCUGAGAGAGCUCAAUCUGUCAGGCAACUACCUGCACCGCCUGCCUGAGGAGGUCACCUCCCUGCUGCACCUCCAGGCCAUCAACCUCUCCCGAAACAGAUUCCGACGUUUCCCUGAGCCCCUGGCGGCUGUCACCACCCUGGAGACCAUCGACCUGGAAGAGAAUGAGAUCACAGAGGUGCCAGUGGAGAAGCUGGCCACCAUGACAGCACUGAGGAGCCUCAACCUCCAGGCAAACCCCGUCGCUCCCGAGCUGCGGCUGCUCGUCCGACCCCUUGUCCCCUUCGACCUGCUGCUGUCACCAGAGAAGCCCAUCCCCAAAGCCUGAGAGGCUCUUGGGGUGCCGGGGCGAGCUCUGCUGAGGGAUGGCUACCUCUGAGAGUGGUUUGGCUUGGGGCAGCCUC